GCGUAGACAAGCACGUGGUGUUAUUUCUGAUGCUGGAUAAAACUUUAUAAAAGGCACCGGCUUUACAACAGACCUGACGCGCGUUCUGUCCUCUACCGUCAACCCGCUUCAUAACCAAAACUAACAAAUUCAUUAAGAAAAUGUCUAUCCCAAAAGAAGUUGGUGGCUAUAAACUCGGCAACCUCAUAAUUGAGGGUAAAACCAAACAAGUCUUCGACCUCCCUGAAGUUCCUGAUCACUGUCUUCUACUCAACAAGGACAGAAUUACAGCUGGCGAUGGCGUUAAAGCACACGACAUGGAGGGCAAAGCUGCCAUAUCAAACCAAACUAAUGCUAAAGUUUUCGAGAUACUCAAGGCUACAGGUAUUAAAACCGCCUUCGUAAAAAUCGCUUCGCCUACCGCUUUUCUUUCUAAGAAAUGCGAUAUGGUUCCCAUUGAGUGGGUCACAAGGCGGUUGGCAACUGGUUCGUUUUUGAAGCGCAACCCUGGCGUACCUGAAGGAUUCCGGUUCACUCCACCGAAACAGGAGACCUUCUUCAAAGAUGACGCGAACCACGACCCCCAGUGGUCAGAAGAGCAGAUCGUGUCCGCUAACUUCAAAAUUAAUGGAUUACUUAUUGGCCAAGAUGAAGUGGACUACAUGCGCAAAGUCACAAUUUUGGUUUUCGAGAUUUUGGAAAAGGCUUGGGCGUUGAGAGAUUGCGCUCUCAUUGAUAUGAAGAUUGAAUUUGGAGUCGAUAGUAAUGGUAAUAUUCUUUUAGCUGACGUCAUUGACUCAGAUUCCUGGAGGUUGUGGCCUUCUGGCGAUAAGAGACUGAUGGUUGAUAAACAGGUGUACAGAAAUUUGGCAAAUGUAACAGCAGCCGAUCUUGACACAGUAAAACGUAAUUUCAACUGGGUAAAGGAUCAGUUGGACCACUUGAAACCAAACGUACACCACAAGGUUGUCGUGUUUAUGGGCUCCCCGGCUGAUCAGGAACAUUGCCAAAAGAUUGCUAAAGCUGCACGAGAACUUGGCUUAGACGUUGAUCUUCGUGUCACUUCCGCUCAUAAGGCAACUGAAGAAACCCUUCGCAUUAUGCAACACUAUGAAGACACACACGGGGCCCUGGUUUUUAUAGCCGUAGCUGGAAGAUCAAAUGGCUUAGGACCAGUGCUGUCUGGCAACACCUCAUACCCUGUUAUCAACUGCCCUCCACCGUCGGAUAAACUUGUUCAGGAUAUCUGGUCAUCCCUCUCGGUGCCUUCCGGCUUGGGUUGUGCGACAGUAAUCUACCCAGACAGUGCAGCUCUGAUGGCUGCUCAAAUAAUCGGCUUACAAGAUUACUUGGUGUGGGCCCGUCUUAGAGUUAAGCAGCUGGAUAUGGCCGCCGCCCUUAGAGUUGCUGAUAAAAAAAUGAGAAAUCUUAAUCUUUAAAUCUGUUUAAUGUCAAUAUUUUUCUUGAUGUGUCUUGUUCAGUAUUGUAAUUAGGAGACAGUGGAGAGUUGUAUUGACAUUUACGAAAAUCUAUCAUUCCAUCGAAUAUUUGAAUAAAGUUUAUAUAUGA